CAACAACAACAACACGAAGCCAACAUGGCAGACGAGUCCAAGAUUGAUGACCCCAAGGGUAAGCAGAAAGCCGCGGAAGAGGCAAUCGAGGAGGCCAAAGCCGACCCAUCUGCCAAAGUCGAGUCCGAAAACGAAGAGGAACAUGGAGAGGACACGGAAGCAGCAGGCACGCCAGCCUCGUGCGCCACAGCCAAAAAGAAGAAGUCGAAGAAGAAGCGUAUAAAAGCUGCACUGACCGGCGGAUCGAGCGAGAGUACGAGCAGUGGUGGUUCGAGAGACGAGAUCCCGAAAGCCGUCGGCGGGCUCAGCAAUGACCAGAUCUCCGAUAUCCUGAAGAUGAACCCGGCUCUGGCAGAACAAUUGGGUGUUGGGAAUGACGGAGAUCUCUCGGGGUUGAAGGUGACGGAAUCAUUGAAGAGGCUGAAGCUGGAAGAUAUCAUGACCGGGCUGGCGUCCAGUGGGAAGAAUGUGAAAGAUAUGGCGAACUACAAGUUUUGGCAGACACAACCGGUUCCAAAGUUUGGUGAAAGCUCGACGGAGGUUGAGGAGGGCCCUAUCAAGGUCUACGGUGUGGAGGCCGUGCCAAAGGAAGCUCCUCCUUUGCUGGAAGGCUUCGAAUGGGUUACCAUGGAUUUGACAGACGACAAACAGUUGGAGGAGCUGUUUCAAUUGCUCUAUGGCCACUACGUUGAGGAUGACGAGGCUAUGUUCCGAUUCAAUUACUCGGUAUCAUUUCUCAAAUGGGCUUUACUUUGCCCAGGAUGGACUCCAGAGUGGCACGUUGGUAUUCGCGCAACUGCUUCUCGCAAGCUGGUCGCUUUUAUUUCUGCAAUCCCAGUCUCAUUGCGAGUCCGAAAAAACAUUCUCAAAGCUUCGGAAGUGAACUUUAUGGUCGUACACAAGAAAUUGCGGUCAAAACGGUUAGCACCAGUUUUGAUCAAAGAGAUCACUCGCCGAUGUAACCUUCUCGGAGUCUUCCAAGCCAUUUAUACUGGUGGUGUUGUAUUACCGAAGCCUGUCAGCACCUGCAGGUAUUUCCACAGAGCGAUAGAUUGGGUAAAGCUUCAUGAAGUCGGGUUCAGCCCUCUUCCUCCAAACAGCAAACCUCAGUAUCAAGUCCGGAAAUACGCUCUUCCUGACCAUACAUUCACCAAGGGCCUUCGAGAAAUGGAGUCUAAGGAUAUCGAUCCCGUUUUGAGUCUAUUGAAGCGAUUCCUGGAAAGAUCGGAGAUGGCACCUAUGUUCACUCGAGACGAAGUUGAACACUGGCUCUUGCACAAGCAAGAUGCACCUGGAGAGCAAGUGAUCUGGUCCUACGUCGUUGAAGACCCCACCACCAAGAAAAUUACGGAUUUCUUCUCCUUCUACGUCCUUGAAUCCUCCGUCAUCAACAACGAGAAGCACAAGAAUGUUCGUGCAGCCUAUCUCUUCUACUACGCCACCGAACACGCUCUCGUUCCCAAACCCUCAAAAUCUGAACUUUCCACGCGACUGAACGAACUCAUCAACGACGCCCUGAUCCUCGCCAAGAAAUACAAAUUCGACGUCUUCAAUGCCCUGACGCUAAUGGACAACAACAUGUUCCUAGAAUCACAGAAAUUCGGACCUGGAGAUGGACAAUUACACUAUUAUUUGUUCAAUUAUAGAGCGAAUCCGAUUGCAGGUGGUGUGGACAAGAAGAACAAUAUUGAUGACAAUUGUAGCGGGAUUGGAGUUGUGAUGCUGUAGUUUGGUUGAUGCACAUGCUGAUACCCAUAUCGUACUUCCUAUCAUGCUUCACAUGCUUCGAAUAAAAGUAACUCCUCGUCCUUAACCUCCAUUUCUUAGUUUAAUCUUGGCUUCGUCCACAGUCCACAGUCCACAUCCCACGUGAUGGAUAAAGCCAAUCUCCCUUGUUGGAACUGAGUGUACGCUGGUAUACUGUAGUUUAU